AUGCUGCUGUGGUCACUGUUGGUCAUCUUUGGUCCUCUCAGUGAAGAGGCAGACUGGCUGACCCUCGACGCUCCCUCCGUUGUCUUUGAAGGAGACAGCAUAGAUCUGAUGUGCCAGAAGAAAAAGGACUGGUGGGAAAUCCAGACCGUGGUGUAUUACAGGGAUGGAAAACAGCUACAGUUUCCAGACCAAGUCUCCAGCGUUUCCAUCCCACGUGCGGCUCCGAGUGACAGUGGCCAGUACUCCUGUUCUGCUACCGCCGGAAAAUACUUCCUUCGGAAGUCAAAAUCUUCGAGAAGCGUCAGGAUUGAAGUACUAGAGCUGUUUCCACGCCCUGUGCUCACUGUCAGCUCCUACUGGCCCACCGAGGGGAGCCCCGUGACCCUGACCUGUGAGACCCGGCCUGCUCCACAGAGAUCAAACGUUCAGCUCCAAUUUUGCUUCUUCAGAGACGGCAAAGCUCUGGGGUCUGGCUGGAGCAGCUCCCCAGCGCUCCGGGUCCCCGCCAUGUGGACGGAGGACUCAGGGUCCUACUGGUGCCAGGCAGAGACAGCAACUCUCACGGUCAGAAAACAGAGCCUCCAAUCCCGGAUUCACGUGCAGAGAGUGCCCGUCUCUAAUGUAAGCUUAGAGAUCUGGGCCCCCAGGGGCCCGGUGAUCGAAGGAGGGAGCCUGGUCCUCCUCUGCUCUGUGGCCAAAGGCACGGGAAACAUCACGUUCUCCUGGCACAGAGAGGCCACAAGAACCAGUGUGGGAAGGAAGACCCAGCGUUCCCUGUCAGCGGAGCUGGAGGUCCCGGCUGUGCAGGAGGGCGAUGCCGGCCGCUAUUACUGCAGAGCUGACAACGGCCAUGACCCUGUCCAGAGCCAGCUGCUGAGCGUCUGUGUGAGAAGUCCAGUGUCCCACCCCGUCCUCACCCUCAGGGAGCUGGGGCCCCAGGCCGGGGUGGGGGACGUGGUGGAGCUUCACUGUGAGGCCCAGAGAGGCUCUCCCCCAAUCCUGUACCAGUUCUACCAUGAGAAUGUCACCCUGGCGAACAUUUCGGUCCCCUCUGGAGGAGGAGCGUCCUUCAACCUCUCUCUGACCACAGAACAUUCUGGAAAUUACUCCUGUGAGGCCGACAAUGGCCUGGGGGCCCGGCGCAGUGAGGUGGUACCACUCAACGUCACAGUUCCAGCGUCCCACCCCAUCCUCACUGUCAAGACACCCAGAGCCCUGGCCGUGGUAGGGGACAUGGUGGAGCUUCGCUGUGAGGCCCAGAGGGGCUCUCCCCCGAUCCGGUACCGGUAUUACCAUGAGGAUGUCAUCCUGGGGACCAACUCGGCCCCCUCUGGAGGAGGAGCCUCCUUCAACCUCUCUCUGACAGCAGAACAUUCUGGAAACUAUGCCUGUGAAGCUGACAACAGCCUGGGGGCCCAGCGCAGUGAGGCGGUGAAGCUCAGUGUCACAGUUCCAGUGUCUCGCCCUAUCCUCACCCUCAACCUUGCUGGACCCCAGGCUGUGGUGGGAGAUUUGUUAGAACUUCGCUGUGAGGUCCAGAGAGGCUCUCCCCCAAUCUUAUACUGGUUUUAUCAUGAAGAUGUCAUCCUGGGGAACACGUCGGCCCCCUCUGGAAGAGGAGCAUCUUUUAAUCUCUCUCUGACCACAGAACAUUCUGGAAACUACUCCUGUGGGGCUGACAAUGGCCUGGGGGUCCAGAGAAGUUACAUGGUGACACUCAACUUCACAGGGCUUUCCACAAGCAAAGUAAUCCAUAUCACUGUGGGCGUCAUUGGGUGCCUGCUAAGUGUGCCUGGCCUUGCUGCUACUGCUUAUUUGGUGAGUUACUUCAGGACCCAAAGGAAAUCAGGAAGACUUCCUGCUACUGGAACACCCAGUUACAGUCCCAAGGAGCAUCAGGAGCCUUCCUGGUCUGGACCCUGCUCCACAGACCGCCACAAGCCCCCCCACUCUGAGCCACCAGCCGUGAUGGAGCCGCAGCCAGUGUACAGCAAUGCACGUUCACCAAGGACACAUCAGAAGAAUGAGGAACCUGCAGUCAUCUAUUCGGAGCUGAAGAAGGCACAACCAGAAGACACUGCAGGGCAGGCCCAUGAAGAUCCUGCAGAAAACUAUGAGAAUCUCCCAUGUGCACCAUCAGCUCUGGACCACUAGCCCCCUACCCAGAGCAUCCCUUGAAGACCCUGGGAGCAUCUGAUACCUUCCCCCUGUUCUCCACAAGCAUGCUUCUCCUUCCAUCCAGCAGACUGGGUGAAGGUCCCCGC